GUCGCAAUACUGACAUGAUCUCUUACUGAUUGACCUUCUUCCCUCUGCAGCAGCGGGCAUUCAGUCCAAUCCAGCGCGCCGCAUGCAGUGGUACCCGCAUGGACAGCUUCAUGCAUGCUCGACGACUGGCGCCCUUUGCGACGACAACAACAACAACAUCACUUAGGUCUCCUUCUACUCAUCCUGUGAGGUAGCUCAGUACCAUGUCACCGCACACCGGCAUCGCUACGUCGCAGCUGAAGCAGCUCAUCUACUACCACCUCGACAAUGACCUGCUGGACACCGCCAACUUCCUUGCCGGCCGCCUGCAUGCGCUGGAGUCCCGCAGUCCUGAUGCCGCACAUCUGCUGGCUCUGACCUACUACCGCUCGCGCCGCUACAAGGCCGCGUUUGAUUUCGCCCACAAGUUCGGCUCUACUGGUCGCCAUUUGGGAUGCGCAUAUGUGUUAGCUCAGGCCUGUCUGCAGCUGGGUCGCUACUCGGAGGGCGUGACCGCGUUGGAGAAGGCCAAGGGUCAAUGGGCAGGAAGGAAUGAGUGGCAGAGGUACUCGGAAUCUUCACGGCGGCACACUCCAGACGCAGCCGCUGUGUUGACAGUCAUGGGGAAUCUGCAUCGCGCGAACGAAAACUAUGUCAAGGCAGGCGAUGCGUACAUGGAGGCUCAUAAGAUGAACGCUUUCACCUGGGACGCAUUCGAAGGCCUCUGCAAGAUUGGUGCUGAUCUCAAGGUGGACAACAUGUUCAGAGCGACGGGAAAUUUAGCUGGCGUCGCGGAGGACUUGGACAUUUACGUGGACAAGGACUCGAGACACCCGCUCGCACCCCAGCACAACUUUGCGCCGACGAAUGUGUUCGCUAUGGACGAUCCCUUCAUGUCGUCGAGAGGGGGUGUGGGACCAGAGGACGCGCAAACCAGAACGAAGGGCAAGUCGGCUUUUGGCCUGGGCAAUUCCGCACGACCAGCGCUUUCCGAGUGGGACACGCCUACUGGUAAUAUCGUUAUGGCGGAGGAUGAGUUUCCGACGGAAGAGAGCGACCUGUUCAUGGACGUGCCAGCAGCUCCUACGAGAAGGCCCCGAUUAGGACAGCAGUUCGAGGCGUCCGAUCUUGCUCGUCCAUCACGACGAGGCGCUACAGGAGCUCCAGAUCAGGUCCCGGAGACACAGCAGGCACUGCGGAAACCCAGUGCGGGAGGACAGAAGCGAACUGCAUCUGGCGCACCGCCCCCUUCCACUAACGACUCUGGACCACCCAGGAGGAGCAACCGUUUGUUCACUCAGACUACCGCUGCCAGAACGACGCGUUCUGCGGCAGAGUCGGCGACGUCAGCAGCUGCGCGAGCUGAUAGAACAGCUCGGACAGCGAAGGCGGCUACGGGCACAAAAGGGAGAGUCGGCGCUGUGGUAGGUCGCGUUGUUAGUGGCAAUCGCAAGAUCAUGCCCCCCGAGGACCGUGAAAAGGAGAAGGACCGGCGGGCUGUUGGAAGAAACGGAGAGCGGGGCGCUUCUGUGCCACAUGUUACCGCUGCUACUGUAGUACCAGAAAUACCCUCAGGGCCUUCUGAAGAGGAAUUGAAAGCAGAACGGCAGGCCAUGUCUGGACUUCUAGACAACUUCCGACAACUUGCAGUCGGCUGCCAGGCCACUGCAACCUUCAAGCUCGAGGAGGCAGUGUCAGCUUUCCGUGGCCUACCCUCAGCGCAGCGUGAAACGCCCUGGGUGCUGGCCCAGCUGGGCAGAGCCUACUUUGAACAACAGGAUUACAAGGCUUCAGAGGACUGCUUCGCAAGGCUGAUCAAAGCGCAGCCAUCCCGCGUAGAAGAUAUGGAGAUUUACUCCACUGUUCUCUGGCAUCUCAAGAAAGAGACAGCACUAGCUUUGCUCUGCCGAGUUUUGCGCGACAAUCACUUUGAUUCGCCGCAGACGUGGGUGGCGGUAGGUAAUGCAUUCUCUCUUGCCCGCGAGCAUGAUCAAGCAAUCGCGGCUUUCAAGCGUGCAACGCAAUUGAACGAGAACUUCGCAUAUGCCUGGACGCUCAUGGGGCAUGAGUACAUUGCCAACGAAGCCUAUGAGUCGGCAAUCACAUCUUUCCGACAUGCUGUGCACAUCGACUUUCGACACUACAAUGGUUGGUAUGGUCUCGGAAAAUGCUACGAACGCCUUGGAAAGCUGGAAGAUGCUGAAAUACACUACCGGAAAGCUGCUGCGAUCAAUCCUGCGAACAGUACUCUCCUCGUGUGUAUUGGAAUUGUUCUGGAGCGAUUGCGAAACAAAAAGGGUGCAUUGGCGAAUUAUAGCAGAGCGCUCGAGUUGACGCCAAACUCUGCAUUGGCGAGGUUCAAAAAGGCACGGGUCUUGAUGCAUAUGAAGUAUUAUCCGGACGCGUUGGAGGAGUUGGAGUUUUUGAGGGAUCAGGCUCCUGACGAAGCGAAUGUGUGGUUUUUGCUAGGCAAAUGCUACAAAGGUCUUCAGGAGAAGGGAGAGGCGUUGAGGGCCUUCACAACGGCGCUCAAUCUGGACGUGAAGGCCGCGCCAUUCAUCAAAGAAGCCAUGGAAGCAUUGGACCAGGAGGAUGAUGACGAUAGCGAGGAUGAUUGAUACUAAUACUGGCGUUUUGAGCGAGCAAAAGUAAGGGUUUGGUCCUGUCCUUCAUGCAGAAGACAGGAUAAGGAGAAAGCAACAGAACAGCGGGAGUAUUUCUGGAGGACGGGACAUAUUUUUGUUCUACUACCAUACCUCGGAUAGCAUGGUGUUCAGGGGCUUGUGUUGACCUCGAGGAAGAGGUUGCGACGUUGCGUGUAUCGUGGGCUGCAGUCUUGGUGCCUGCGUAAGAAGCAUAGGAUCGCAGACGAUUACAGGAGAGAAUUUCAGCACUCCUAAUACCAUGACCUUCUUUCCUUCCUACCUACCUG